GACGGUACACUGUGAAGCUUACUUCCGGUUCCCAGUUCAGUUAAAAUGGCUCGUGUGCUAACGAACAAUCGAGCAGGUGUUUUCUGCGUUUGGUUAUUUGUAUCCAUCAACUUAGUAAACUCCAAUAACGGUCGAAGGGCUAGUGAUGGUUUGGAAGCCGAGUUCAAUGGUUUAUCUGUGCCACUUGAACACUCGUUUGAACUUGAUGAUGUAGCAAAAUUUCAGCUACGUGGAUCACUUAUGUUGAAAACUGGUCGGGAGCCAAGUGUCUCUUUAAAUCAGAACCAGCUCUCAGAGGAGGACAGAACCAAACUGAAGGAAGUGGCUGCAGUCGACGGCCUCUACAGAAUCCGAGUUCCCCGUGUGUUUCUGCAGGCAGACAAACAGACCGAGUGGCAGAGUGAAGGUCACCUCACAGCAUUUGUCAGAGCAUGUGCCAUGGUUGAGUCCCACCUGAGUGACGUGAUCACGCUCCACACCGACGUCUCCGGAUACCUCAUCGGCGUUUCCAUAGUGACUUUACCUGGAGCCUGCAGGGGAAUCGAGGUGGAAGACGAAGUUGAUCUUGAGGUUUUCAACACCACGCUCAGCAUCAUGGCUCCAGUCAACGCACCAGGACCUGAGACGGCGCUCUUCAUCCAGCGAAUGGAGCAGGAGUUUGAGAAGAAAGGCAAAAAUCCACAGGAGCAGAAGUCGUUCUUCGCUAAAUAUUGGUAUUUGAUUCUGGGAGGUGCUAUCUUCCUCAUGGUCUCCAAUUCGGCCCAGCCCCCAGCAGGGGGAGGCAGAGAGCAGAGCUGAUACCCACUGAAUGGAUGUACAUCGUCCCUCUGGUUCUCUUCCUGAUGAUGUCUGGCGCUCAGGAUCAAUCUGGAGGUGGAGGCGGUGGCGGGGGUAACGGCGGCGGGCGAUGAUCAGGAUCAGGCCCAUUUCUUUUUUUUCUUAAACAUAUAAUGAACGGCAAAGCGCUUUGAUUUCUGUACGUGAGGUUAUUUAAGAACGAUAAGUGUCUGUAACACGACUUAAACCUGAUUCAUCAAGGACUGCAUUCAUUUUUCCUACUAAUGUGAGAAUAAAGUAUUUAUUACACAGAUGAA